GCUGAGAAUUUACCGGGGGAUUCCAUUGCCCAAUAGACUUCAUCUUCCUCCUCCUCAGCACUCUGGUUAAUGGAAAAGGCCCUCAGCUUGUCACAAAUGGCUUCCGGAAGGAGGCCCUCAACAAUCUUCGCCCAUUUCCAACCCCGGAUGGAUUCUUUAUUAUUGUCAAAAUUAAAGCCCAAAACCCGACCUCCACCGUCUCUCGCUUCCGAAGCUCCGACCGGCGAUCUCCCCGGAACCGACCAUCUAGCGUUUCCCAUGGCAUCCAUCGACGAGAAGAAGGACGCCUACUCCGUCUGGGGCCUCCCGCCGCCGGACGUGUCCGAAAGGAUCAAGAAGCUCAUGGAGGGGAUCCGAUCGGAGUUCGGCGGGCCCCGAUUCGAGCCGCACGUGACCGUCGUCGGAGAUAUCAGGCUGACGGAGAGCGAGGCGCGUGACAAAUUCCGGCAGGCCUGCGAGGGACUCCAGGCGUACGGCGCCGCUGUCUCGAAGGUGGCCACUGGACCGUCCUUUUACCAGUGCGUUUUUCUCCUGCUUCAUCCCACACCAGAGGUACAAUGCAAACCCUAUGUUCUUCUAUUGAAUAUUGAUUGAUCCACACAAUACAGUAAUUUCUCUAUUGUGUAGGGUUUCUUAGCUUUGCUUGUUUAGGAUCAAAUAUUGUGAAUUUAUAAAUAAAAAACAAAUUUCAUUCAACAAUUUUUUAUAACUAUUGAUAAAUGCACAAGUACCAAUGUGAAUAAAUGAUGUGUCCUAAUUUUGAAUUGUUCAAAGAUUUGGCAUUUUUUAGGGAUGGAUGGAGUAUAUACUUUCGCACGAGUAAUUUGAAUUGUAGGGAGUAACGUUUUGGAAGCAAAUUGGGGUGAAUAACUUUUGGGGAAACUC